AUGAGUAAUAACAGAUUGACGGUUGGAGGAUAUCACGGCUCGUGUGGUGAUUCCAUGUCGUAUCAUAAUAAUUGUCAAUUUACGUCCAAAGAUAGUGACAAUGACGACUCGGACCGGAACUGUGCACAAUACUUUAUUGGAGCUUGGUGGUACAAGUCAUGUUGUUGCGCGAAUCUGAAUGGGGUAUAUCCGAACGGGGGAUAUACCAAAUUCAGUCGUGGUUUAAUCUGGAAUAACUGCAGGAAUGAUAAGAACCAUAUACGGCUUUUCACAUACAGAUAUGAAAGAUACAGUGCGCGUGCUAUACACUGUUUGCUAGCCAACUACCACGUUUUCUUCCUAUCCCCAAUAACAGCUCCAAACGUGAAAGUUGGACAAAAUACAUUUUAUUCAGAAUUCUCCAUCUUCAGAGUUAAUGAUGAGAAUGAUAAUUACAGAUUGACAGUUGGCGGCUAUGAAGGCUCGUGCACCGAUUCCAUGUGGUUUCAUAAUGGUUGUCAAUUUACAACCAAAGAUAGUGAUAACGACGCCAGGGACGACAACUGUGUAGUAGCAUAUAAAGGAGCUUGGUGGAACAACGCACGCCACAAGGCGAAUCUAAAUGGUUUGUACUUGAACGGUGCACACAAAGAAUACGGUCACG